UCCCGCUGCCCGCGGAGAGAACUUCCACUCCGAGCAAUAGUCCGAAGCUUCUGCUGCCGCUGGCGGCGCCUCUGCUGCGGUGGGAAACGACCACGCCUCGUGGACUUGCAAAGGCGGUCUCGGGCUCUGGAAGUGUGACGAGAAAGAGGCGGAGGGAAAGAAGGCGGCGGCGGGACCCGCAGCUCGGUGGGCGUCUCCUCGCGGGACGGAACCCUCUCUCUCGCCGCCGCCCCAUCCUGUGGCUACCACCAUGGCCGCGCGGUCCCGGCACCCCUGGCUGAGUGUAGUCCUGGGGCUGGUCUUGGGGUUCACUGUCGCCUCCUGGCUCAUCGCCCCCAAAGUGGUCGAGCUGAACGAGAGGAAAAGGCGCGGCGGCCACGGCGGUUCCAUGAGUGGAGGCGGCGGCGACGGCAGCAAUAGCCUCUGUGCUUUCUAUGGCCGCGUGGCUGGUCUGCCCGGAGGAAAGAGGGAGCUGCGACCGGAGGAGCCGGCGGUGGCGGCUGUGGGCUUGGGGGGCACUAGCAUUAGGCACAAGCUGUGGGAGAAGGACAGGGAGCAGCAGCCGCCCCCGGCGCCGCCCGCCGCAGAAGGGACAGUGCCGAGUCUCCCGGUUGCAGCUGCUGGAGGAGACCCGCAGGAGGAGGACGAGGAGGAAGAAGGCGGCGCCGGCCGCCACGGCAGCAGCCACAACGGCAGCGGGGACUACGCGGGCACCCCGGGCUGUGCCAGAACCCGGCACUUCCUUUACGUCGGGGUGAUGACCGCCCAGAAGUACCUGGGCAGCCGAGCGCUUGCAGCGCAGCGGACCUGGGUGCGCUCCAUCUCCGGCCGAGUGGAGUUCUUCUCCAGCGAGGGAUCAGUCUCUCCUCCCGCCUUGAAAGGAGAGCCGCCUCUGCCGGUUGUGGCUUUGCCCGGCGUGGACGACUCGUAUCCGCCGCAGAAGAAAUCCUUCAUGAUGCUCAAGUAUAUGUACGAUCAUUACCUGGACACCUAUGAAUGGUUCAUGCGGGCGGACGACGAUGUCUACAUCAAAGGUGAAAAAUUGGAGGAAUUCCUUCGGUCACUGAACAGCAGCAAACCUCUCUAUUUGGGACAGACAGGACUAGGAAAUAUUGAAGAACUUGGAAAAUUGGGUCUUGAACCAGGAGAAAACUUCUGCAUGGGAGGGCCUGGGAUGAUCUUCAGUCGUGAGGUUCUCAAAAGGAUGGUGCCACACAUAGGUGAAUGUCUUCAAGAGAUGUACACUACUCAUGAGGAUGUGGAAGUGGGCAGAUGUGUUCGGCGAUUUGGUGGUACUCAGUGCGUCUGGUCAUAUGAGAUGCAGCAGUUAUUCCAUGAAAACUAUGAACGCAACCGGAAGGGUUACAUACAGGAUCUUCACAACAGCAAAAUUCACACAGCAAUUACACUUCAUCCAAAUAAAAGACCAGCCUAUCAGUAUAGGCUUCAUAACUACAUAUUGACCCGUAAAAUUUCCGAAUUGCGUUACCGCACCAUCCAGCUUCAUAGAGAAAGUGCUCUCAUGACCAAGCUCAGUAAUGAUGAAAUAAGCAAAGAAGAUCAGCUUCUGGGAAUGACACCAUCUUUCAGUCGUUUCCAGCCUCGUGACAGGAAUGAAGUAAUAGAAUGGGAUUUUCUGACUGGAAAGCUCCUUUAUUCAAUAGCUGAGAAUCAGCCACCUAGACAAAACAUUAAUAACAUCCUGCGAGCAGCAUUAGAUGACACUGUAAUGCAGGUAAUGGAAAUAAUCAAUGAGAAUUCUAAAUCUAGAGGAAGGCUUAUUGACUUCAAUGAAAUACAGUAUGGAUACCGCAGGGUUGACCCUCUGCAUGGUGUAGAGUAUAUACUGGAUUUGCUGCUUUUAUAUAAAAGGCACAAAGGAAGAAAGGUUACUGUUCCAGUUCGAAGGCAUGCUUAUCUUCAACAAUUAUUUAGUAAACCAUUUUUCAGAGAGGAAGAAGAACUGGAUGUAAGAAGUGUGAUGGAAAAUGAGCAGAGUGACACACAAUCUUUCUCUUUCCUUUCUAAUUCCCUGAAGAUGUUUUCAUCAUUCCAAGGCAUCAAAGAAUCUAGGGGGAGGAGUAACAAGAAGAUUCAUAUUCUUGUCCCUCUCACAGGAAGAUAUGAUAUUUUCUUGAGAUUUAUGGAGAAUUUUGAAAAGACUUGCCUUGUUACAAAGCAGAACGUGAGGCUGGCAGUUAUUCUCUUUAACCCAGAUUCUAGUCAGGAUUCCAGUAAACAUAUAGAGUUGAUCAGUGCAUAUCGCAAUAAGUAUCCUAUGGCAGACAUCACUGUUAUUCCUAUGGCAGGAGCUUUUUCAAGAGGUUUGGGUCUUGAAACGGCUUCCUCUCAGUUUGAAAAUGAUACUUUGCUGCUAUUCUGUGAUGUUGACCUAAUAUUUACUCCUGACUUUCUUCAGCGGUGUCGAGCUAACACCAUCCAAGGAGAACAAGUUUACUACCCUAUUAUUUUCAGCCAGUAUGACCCUAAAGUAACCUAUGGAGACCACCCUCCUGUGGACAGUCACUUUGUUUUCACAAAGAAAACAGGGUUUUGGAGGGACUAUGGGUUUGGUAUCACUUGCAUUUACAAAAGUGAUCUUAUAAGUGUGGGUGGAUUUGAUACCUCAAUUCAAGGUUGGGGACUUGAGGAUGUAGACCUUUUUACUAAAGUGAUAACUUCCGGCUUGAAGGCAUUUAGAAGCCAAGAAGUGGGGGUUGUGCAUGUGUUCCAUCCAGUUCAUUGUGAUCCCAAUCUAGAGUCUAAACAAUACAAGAUGUGCUUGGGGUCUAAAGCAAGUACGUUUGGCUCUGCAAUGCAACUAGCUGAAAUAUGGCUAGGAAAGCAUUUAGGUCUUAGGUAUAAUCAUACUUUCUCCUGACAUUCUAACUGGCUCUGCCUUCCUAGGGGAAGUUUACCUCAUUCCUUUUUCCUUUCAUCAUUGCAUUCUUAAACUUCUCUUUGUCUUCCAAAGGAUUUGUCCUGACCUCUAAUGAACAUCCAUCAGGAAUAUAAGAGAUUCCUACUGAACUGAUGUGGUGUCGUUCUGUUCUCCUUGAUCCAUAAACUGAGUGAAAUCAUUGCAGGAGAACAAUCCCGUAGAUCACAUCCAUCACUAGGACCAUGUCAGAAGAAUAGUCUCUUUGGACUUUAGGAUGCAAUAUUGAUCUUGAUUGUGUCUGUCAACUUAAUGUGAUACAAAUAUUUUUCAGUGAAGGUAUCACAAAAGUGCUUUAUACUUCCUCUGGGAAAGAGACUCUGGUAAACUUGAGUUUUAUAAUUUAUAUGAGGACUAAAAUAAAAACUAUUCUUUAUAAUUUUUAAGUAAUAAAUAAUGGACUCAUCUAUUUUUUAAAAAAAUGGAAAAAUACAUUUUCCAGGUGCAAUGGUACUGGCUACCAAGAACCUUAAAACAGCAUAUCAAAUUGACCUCUUUAGCACUCUGCAAUUGGACUGUAUUUUCUCAAGGAAACAUAGCUUAAUCAGAUAUUUGCAUAUGUUGAGAAGGUUUAUGAACCACCAUUUUUCAUUUGCUGGCAAGAAGAAAUCAUGACACAGUAUGGUUAUUUAUAAUAAAAGAAUAGGCAUGCCAUAUUCUUGUGUUUUCUAAGACGAGGAUAUAUUGCUUUGUUUCUGUUUAGGUUGAACGUCUAAUAUAUACAUAGUUUUCUAAUUCCUUUCAUAAGACUGCACUUGUUACAAAGGGAAAUCAAAGGGUACUUAAUAUUGUCUUUUUAUAAUUGUGCAUUAAUAUUCAUAUUCUGAAUCAAUUGUUGUUAAACUUCAAAGAAAAUGUAAUUAUUUAACUAUGAAAGUGCUAUUGCUGG